CACUGUAAGAACAGUCCGCGGUCGAACCUCGUCAUAGAGAUGUUCACGCCCGUCGUACAGCGCAUCCUCAAGCACAACAUGGACUUUGGGAAGUACCCGCGCAUGCGCAUGUUCGUGCAGGACUACAUUCUGGCGCUGAAUUCACAGAACGAAGGUCUCAAGGUUGUUCAGAACUUCGUCACGAGCAUGCACGGCCCGGCGAGCACGUGCCCUCAUCCACGAGUGUUGCCAAAUCUAGUCUCUGUGUGUCUCUCUGCCAUCUACUCAUGCUUCGAGGAACGGCAGAGAGAGUUGAGCACGUUGUGCGGUCCGGUGCUGUGCGGCGGAGGUGGCGCCCCCUGUGUCGGCGACAAGAACUCGCUCAAUCGCUCGCUGCAGGAUCUCGAGGAGAAAGUUCAGUGUUUCGCCGCCAUCUUCAGCACCAUGUGCGUGUUCGAGGACUGGCGGCCGGGACUAGGAAGUCUCCUGCAGCCGAUCCCGUUCCCUGACGAGGCGCUAUCGCACGACAAGCUGCUCGCAUACCUGCGUGACGUCACGGCCCAGCUGGCGGCCGACCCGCGCUGUGCAGUGCACCUGUCACUGCUCGGAAUACGAGAGAACAAGGAAGGAUGGUUCCAGCUGUUCUGCCCCGGAGGAUUGUGCGCCAACGACGAGGGAGACACCUUCCUAGCCAUG